AUGGUGGCUGCUGGAAAUCUUGACGUCCGGUUGCCCGAACCAUUUGCUAGCAUCCCUCGGGAGAACUUCUUGUUCGGCCCUUCGCCAAUCCAAUACUUGCCGCAGAUUUCCAAGGCUCUCGGAGGGAAUGUGGAGGUUUAUGCUAAACGUGAAGAUUGUAAUUCUGGCCUCGCAUAUGGGGGAAACAAAACUCGAAAACUAGAAUAUCUCGUUCCCGAAGCACUAGCUCAAGGAUGCGAUACAUUAGUCAGUAUCGGUGGUGUACAGUCGAACCACACUCGACAGGUUGCAGCGGUUGCCGCCAAACUAGGAUUGAAAUCGGCACUCGUCCAGGAACACUGGGUGAACUGGGAAGAUCCUGGCUACACCAAAGUUGGCAACAUUCAGCUCUCACGCCUUAUGGGAGCAGACUCGCGCUUGGACCCUUCAACGUUCGGCAUUGAGCACAAAAGCUCGCUCCAGACUCUGACUAACGAGGUUGUAUCCAAGGGAGGCAAACCUUACUAUAUUCCCGCUGGUGCUUCAGAUCAUCCCCUCGGCGGCCUAGGCUUCGCUAGAUGGGCGUUCGAGGUUGAGCAGCAGGAAAAGGAACUUGGAAUAUUCUUCGACACCAUUAUCGUCUGCGCUGUGACUGGCUCGACGUUUGCCGGUAUGAUCGCAGGGUUUAAACUAGCCCAGAAAAUGGGUUCAAGGCCUCGCAAAAUCAUUGGAAUCGAUGCGUCAGCCAAAGUUCAGGCGACCUUUAAUCAAGUGCUUCGCAUUGCCAAAGCUACGGGUGUUAGAAUAGGGCUUCGUGAAGAUGACAUCACUGCUCAGGAUGUCAUUCUUGAUGAUCGAUAUCACGCUGGUUGUUACGGUAUCCCAGACCAACAGACAAUAGACGCCAUGAAAUUCGGCGCUUCUACCGAAGCAUUCAUCACUGACCCCGUGUAUGAAGGGAAAAGCCUUGCUGGCAUGAUAGAUAUUAUAAGGAAAGGGGAGAUUGCUAAAGGGAGCAAAGUGUUAUAUGCACACCUUGGUGGACAGCUUGCACUGAAUGCAUACUCAUGUCUCCGAGUCAGCAAGCUAUAA